AUGUUUGUCUUCAAAGAAUUGAACCCUCAUUCCGGAGAAAAUUUCUUAUGCAUAAACGUUUUAAAACUGGUGAAGGAAGAAAAACUUAACCAUCAGAUUAAGCUACGUGGUGUGUUUGAGAAAAUUGUUCCUUUAAACUUGCUGCAACUUUUCUGUUACAUUUCGACAAAAGGAUGGUGUUAUGAUCGUGAGAGGAAUGAAAGAGAUGAUGUCGUUAGUUCUAAGGUCAAAUGA